CCAAGUGUGUCCAUGUCUGCACUCUCAGAGGACAACAUGAGGACAAUCAUUGCUUUGAUUUUGGGAGCGUCGUGCAUGGUGGUCUUGCAUGCACUAUGUCCAGAUCCUGCCUCGUUGAAAGAUUUGAACGGCAAUAAGAUUUGUGCACGCCUGUUUAAAGAUAGUCACUGUGGUGGAGAGGCUCUCGAUAUCCUCAUAGGUGACGAUGUCCCGGCCGUGCCGUCCCGUUGGAAAAGCCGUGCCUCCUCUUUGGUGGUGUCAAGCCACUGCUACCUGACUGUGUGGUCACGAAUCAAUAAGCAAGGAAGCAAGCGCAAAUUCAGAUCAGGAAUUCAGUACCGUCUCAAAGAUGUGCCCAAGGGCGGCAGGUCCUUGAAGGGCCUGUUCGGGAACUGGGACAACGAAAUCGCCGCGUACUACUGCACCUGCUGCUAGAUGUGGAGGUCGCUGCAGCAAGGUUGCUUGUCACUGAACACAAAUAAAUGAAUGAAAUUUAGCAAA